UAUUCUCGCCCGGCCCUCUCGCCUACGCAAAGCACCCGAAAACAUCCAGAAAAAAAAGGAUCAAAUCCCAGGCCGCGGAGCGCAGUACGACCAACGCUUCACGCCCAAACCCCUCGCUAGCCGCCGCUUUUCCUCCCAGUCUCUACCUCCCUCUCCCCUCCCUGCUCUCUCGAUAAAUACGUCUCCGUUUCGUCCCGCCCCCUUCCCAUCCCACUGCAUGCGGUUCGGAUGAGGAGAAGAUAUCCCGCUGCUGAUGGGAGCUCAGAAGAGCAUCCAUGCCGGCAAAGCGAAGAUAGACUUCAAUGUGGACCUGUCCCACAAGCUAUGCUCGGCCCUCUUGUUACCUCCUCUCAGGAAUUCUAGCAAUCCCUUCUCCCAGAUUAUUGGAAGGCUUUCCAUCAAACACCCCAGCCUGUUUGGGAGAAGCGAGAAGUUGGACGUGUUGUGGGAUAAGGGGCUCAAUGAUUCUAAUAUCCUCAUUGCCUUCAGGCGCCCGAGGCCUGAAUGGCUCUCUCAGCAGUCAUUUGUCAUACAGCAUUCAAUCACACCUGAGAUUGCGGUGCAUGGAUUACCUGUUGAUCAUUUCUCUCAUUCGGGAAGUGGGGGUGUCAACCUUUGCCGCCUGUCAGUAGGAAUGGACCUCAAUGAGCCUGCUACUUCUCAUUGGAGCAGCACAACCAGCAUCAAAUUCGAGCAUGUUCGUCCUAUCAACAAUGAUGGUCGUUCGAUAAAUAGGGAUCUUGAUGGUUUUCCCAUAACUUGCAGUGGUGGUUCUCAUGACAAUAUGGUGGUUCUGAAACAAGAAUCACAAUAUGCAAUUGCUAAUGACAAUAGUUUCACAAGACUAAAUUUUCAAAUGGAACAAGGAUUGCCUCUUCUAUCAAAAUGGCUAAUUUUCAACCGAUUUAAAUUCAUUGCCUCAAAAGGAGUCAAAUUGGGGCCAACAUUUUUAGUGUCAAGCCUGACAGGUGGUUCCAUUGUAGGGGACAUGGCACCUUAUCAAGCAUUCACUAUUGGGGGACUUGGCAGUGUUCGAGGUUAUGGUGAGGGUGCUAUUGGCUCAGGAAGAUCAUGUCUAGUUGCUAAUAGUGAAUUCACAAUCCCACUGACAAAGGAAUUGGAAGGUGCCGUCUUCAUGGACUGCGGAACAGACUUGGGCUCUGCUCGUCAUGUCCCUGGCAAUCCUGCUCUUAGGCAAGGCAAACCUGGGUUUGGAGUUGGUUUUGGGUAUGGUAUUCGUUUCAACUCGCAGUUAGGUCAGCUUCGGGUUGACUAUGCCAUCAAUGCCUUCCACAGGAAGACAAUUUAUUUUGGCAUUAAUACUGUCGGCUCAUGAUCUGCAUAGAUUGGUUUUUAGAGUUCCAAUCUCAUACAGGAAAAAGGGGAAUCAAUUUAUUUUGUUCAUGAUUUAGGUUUUAAAAUUCCUCAUGUCUUCAAUGAACUUGUAAUGCAGAUAUCAGUAACAAAAUGUUUGGCCAAUUGUAAAUGUUGACAACAUCAAAUGUAAUUCAGACUUGUGUUGCACAUCACUAAUCAAUUUCUUAUAU